GGAUGAGAUAUAUUUUUCUCGUCGCAAAACAGAAAGGAUAGCAACACAUCAUUUUGGUGCUUGUUCCGUGAGAAAAUCGGAAAAAUCGAUCGGUAGCUAAGGGAAACGUCAGCGGUUUGCGUGCAGAAAUCUGAAACGUACCGUCUACCACUAAGGAAGUAGGAAGUGAAGUGUUCCCGUGGAAAAAAAAUAUUGAAAUGGAUAGGUGUGCCGUGUUGUGUCCGUAUUUCCGUUAGUUAAGGAAUGUCACACGAAAGAGCAGUUUUUUACGGGAUUAAACAUUUUCCAAUGAGCAGUGUCUACAUGUUUUAUCUUAGCAAGUAACCUUUCCUUGGCGGUGUAGAGGUAGAGAGGUAGCGAUCGAUUCUUAAUCAUAAUUGUGUUAGGAAUGGCAAGUACGGCUCAGGAAAGGAUUGUAUCAACCGAAGGGACUGGACGUUUGAUAGAAAUCGUGUAAUCGUAUUGCCUUGAAACAGCAAUUACCGAUGACCAUCACACUGCGAAACGGUUUCAGCGCUCCAGCUCAUCAUAAAACAAGAUUUCUUCUUGUAAUGAUGCGUCUCAAUCUGAAGUUGCUGCUCAUCUGCCUGUGCUUUACCGUAGUCCUGAUAACGUUCACCCUGUGGUCGAACUGCGGUGGAGAUUUGCCAUUCGCCCGAGGUUUGGUGCCGAAAUGGAAUCACCGAUACGAAAGUGCAGAUGGCCAACUGGAGCUUACGGAAGAGAUUGAUUGUGUCAUCAAUCAGGAGUAUACGAUUGGCUGCCGGCGAGAAGGGGACGAGGUUUACCUACCGUUCUCAUUCUUGAGCAAAUAUUUCGAAGUAUAUGGAUCGCUUAAUACGGUGGACGGAACAAAGCGGUUCGACUGGUCGCACAGCUAUGGGAAGGUUAAUAAUCCGAAGGGAAUGUACGAUCCGAAAGGGAUUUUCAUGUACUUUGAAAAUUACAACGUAGAAAUGAGAGAUCGCGUGAAGUGUAUCAGCGCCGUGGAAGGUGUUCCGAUAUCGACGCAAUGGGAAAGCCAAGGAUACUUCUAUGCGACACAGAUCGCACAGUUUGGCUUAUCACAUUACAGUAAGAAUCUGACGGAACCGGAACCUAGGAGAAAGAUUAUCGAGGACGGCGACAAGGAAAUGGCUGAGUGGAAAAUUCCGAAAAACAGCUCACUCACAAGAGCAUACUUGAAGGGAAAGGAUACGACGGUGGUGCAUUUCUCGACGGGAAAGCACUUCGACAGUGCGAUUGCACUGCCGAUGGAUCAUGUGCUGGAUUUGGUGUUGAAUGUAAAUUUGCUGCUUAGACCGAAUUCCAGCUUUACUGUUACACUGCAAAACCGUGAAACACAGAAGCUGUAUAAUGUUAUCUACAUUCUGGCGGAUUUGAUGAUUAGCGUCCAGGAUGAUAAUAUUUACUACGGGCUUGGUCAGAAUAGUACAUCGAGCUGGAGGAGACUGACGCGGGAUUUGUUUGUCGAUCUUCAGAAAGGUCUUCCGCAGUAUAUCAAUACCGAAAAACGACGGAAGAUGCGCCGAACGGAGCUCAAAGUGGUAGAGAUUUCAUUUCUAGGAAAUGGAAGUUUCGACAAUUUAACCCUGUCGACUAGUGAACAUAUCAGUCACUUUUACGAUGCAGCCGAGUGGUUGAUUCGGCAUCAAGAUCAAAGCACCGGUGGUUGGCCUAUUCCCGUGCGGAGAAAGCUCGGGUCCGGAUUUGGGGAGCUAUCACGAGGAUGGUAUUCAGCGAUGUCACAAGGACAUGCAAUUUCGUUGCUAGCUCGAGCAUAUUUUCACUCCAAGGGAGACAAACGCUAUCUGAAAGCAGCUCUCGAUGGUCUCAAGUUGUUCCGGAUACCGUCCUAUCAGGGAGGAGUUUUGGCGACAUUUUUGGGAAAGUACGCUUGGUACGAAGAGUAUCCCACAACACCGCCGUCGUUUGUUUUGAAUGGCUUCAUCUAUUCGUUGCUGGGAUUGUACGAUCUGAACUCAACGGCACCAGCAAAUCAUUCACACGAAGCAGCCGCUUUAUUGGAACAGGGAAUGGUCUCACUGAAGAAAUUGCUGCUACUGUUCGAUACCGGAUCAGGCACUAGCUACGAUUUAAGACAUUUCACAUUGGGUAUAGCACCGAAUCUGGCCCGGUGGGACUACCACGCGACACAUGUCAAUCAGUUACUGUUGCUGGCCACCAUCGAUUCGGAUCCCAUAAUAUCACAAACUGCCGAGCGAUGGAAAAAUUACAUGCUCGGGAAACGGGCCCAGCACAAUUAGCGCGCUCAACGUGUGAGUAACCAGCUAAACGAUGGCUCUUCCUCUUCCUUCUAAUGCCUUACACACACACUAACAAGAAUAAACAAUACCAAUACAUAGAAGAACAAAAAAAAAAGACAACAUUUGAUACAGCACUACCCUAGUUUCUUGAAACGAUUGAUUUUUGUGAUAGGAAAUUAAGAUCUUUUAAAUGUGAAGACAGAUUUCCAGCACUUUUUUCUUGUUGUGUCCCAAUGAUAGAUUGUAGAUAAAAUCACAAAUUUUCACCAUCACAAAGAAGGACCACACAAGAAAUUAGUAUAGACGUAACCGAAGGAGUGCGUCGUCGUAGCAUUGUAGCAUGGAGUACAUUUGCACAAACGACACACACUUAAAAUACGCUAUCGGAUAAACACACUUGCGGAGUAGAUAGCCCACAGACAGGAAUAGAGUAUUAGACUAGAAGAAAAAAAAACAUACUGGAAAUGAUAGUGAUUGUGAUCGUUACUAGAUGCUAAAUAUGUAUGCACUUUUAUAAGCGAAGAAUUUGUGUAAAUAAUGAACGGUUACUGUUAGGAUGUGGGCUGAGAUCGCCCUUAACGAAAUGGUUGUUUACGUUAGCUGUCAGCAACGAUCGUAAAUACUGAUUAAUGAUUACAUGUUCAGCUUAUACGCAUUGGAGAAAACAAAAGACCACAAUGAGACUAAUUUUCUUGCCGUCGUCUGUUGAUUCUUUCUGUUAACUAUUUUUGUUAUAAACGCCACAACGACCAAUGCAAAGCUACGGGAAGUUUGUACAUUAUACGCUCAUAUCACUAUGUUUUAAGCUGACUGUAGAAAAAGAAAAACCUGUUGAGCAAUGACUUAUUUAUUUUCGACUUGUAUAAUAGAUACUAUGAUAGUGACAUAGAUUUAAUUUAAGCUAACCAAUACACUUUGUUAGUCUACUCGAUAUCUUAUGCCUGUCAUAUUGAUGCAAUAAUUUGAACGUGGCUACUGACUGUUUGUAGAAUUUCUAGAGAGCUUGAACAAACAAACAAAAAAAUGUUCCAGUCUGAGUUAGAUCACCUAGAAUUUAGAGGGCGCGUUUGUAGUAUUAUAUGUAGCACCACGUAAUCUGCUGUAAAAUGUUAUUUUGUGUCGACAUGUUUAUUAUUUAAUUUAAGCCUCCAUUCAGCUUAGUCGAACAAUGUUUUGAUGUUUCAUUAUUCCUGUUCCUGCGUAAAGUGUUUGCAUAUUGCGUCGCACAUUGUUUAUUUGUUUAUUUAACUCGUCGGACAAGUAACUUAAAACCUAACGAAACAUAAACGGCCAGCUCAUAGGAAAAACUGUCUAGUUUCGUUAUAUUCGAAUAGAUGCUCAAAUUUGAAAAAAAAAGUAUGAAUACCUGAUUUAAAUCGAACUGCUAGAUGGACACGACAGCUUAAUUCGAACUGCUUUAAGCACUGAUGAUCCGAACCAAAAAAUCACACGUUAAAAGUGAUUCCUAGAGUCCGAAUGUAUUUCGAUCGUACUGUGGCGGAUAUUCGCCCUUAUUCUGAAUAACGUCGUAUCAAUUUUACGAUCGUAUUUCAUUUGUUUUCCUCAUAAGGCUGGCAAAAUCAAAGGUAGAUAGGAUUCGAUCGAACCAUAUUCGAUCGAAAAAUUUAUACGUCGUUAUUCAGAAUAAGGGUGAUUGGUCGAACAAACGAAUAGUUGAGAAGCAGCAAACCCUGUCAGAUUGGAGCGAAAUCAAUCUUCACUUCAGCAACGCCAUCGCAUGGCAACACAUUCAACAUAUCAUGUCAAUUGUAUGGGUGCGCAGUGUUGCUAUUUUGGCGCAGACGAAUUUGACAUUACUCCCCCCUGCUUAUAUGUACGAGAUUCGAUUCGGACUCACCUGAGGGCACCGCGUUCGCAAAAAAGGAUGUUGCCAAUGAUUUUUUCGGGAAAUGUGAUAGCUGGAUAUCUUGUUAAUAUGGUGUCUUUGGAAGCAGGGAACUUAAGAAAAACAAGUUGCAUCGAUUAUUGAAACCACAAGUAAUUAAAGUAAAGUAAAGUAAGUAAAGUCAGGUCAAACAAGACAGAAGAGGUUAGAAUACUGAAGGUUCGCCAGAGAAGAUCCCGCAAUGUGAGUCUUCUGCAAACGGUAGCAACUAUAAACUAAACAGGCAUUUCUAGUAGGGGCGCACCGACGCAACGAGAGGUAAAUCGCAUUUAAACAAUAUGGAUCUUUGAAGCUUCAACAGAUUUUUAUUAUGAACUAAGUUGGUUAGAGCUAAGCACAACUUCCAAUAGAACUCUGGAGUCAUUGGCAUACUCGAUUCUUUCAAACGUUUGCUCAUCGAUUUGGUGGAAUAUUGUGGAGUUCUAUUAUACUUCAUAGUGCUGGGCAAUAUGCACCAGCGCCUGGUUACAAAUCAGAGACUGGAUGUGUGUAUGAAAAAUAACAGGCCGUUUCUUCAACUACAGUAUCAUUAACAUACAAGGUACAAUUAAAAACUUCCAGGACUUUUGAAACAGCGCGGCUCCUAGUGUCGCCACCUGUCUGAAAUUUUUAUUCGUGUAUUGUGUAUCCUUCAGUGUUGUAUGAAAUUUUCAUAUGAUUUGGACGUAUAGAAGCUGAGAUAUCGCGCUUAAUGUGACAGUACAUUUGUUUGUGUCGGUCGGAAAAUGAGCGUCGAACAAAGAGCCAACAUUAAGACUGCCACUUCGCACUUUGACGCUUGGUUUCGGACUCAUAUUUAAAGCACCAUGUUUCGUCAUAAGUCACAAUCGAAUACAAAAUGUUUGGGUUCUUUUUGGCCUCUUUAAUGAUGUCUCUUGAAUGUUGAAUUCUGAGGUCUUCUUCGUGUUGUUUCAAAGUAUGUGGAACAAAUCAAGCACAAACCAUUCUGAGACCCAAAUUUUCUGUCAAAAUACGAUAAAUCGAAGCUGUGGAUAUUGGUAAUUUCGAUUCCACAUAUUUAAGCAAUGCUUGUGAGAUUUCGUUUCGUUCGUUCGUUUUUCGUUCACAACAUCUUUUGGCCGCCCCGACGUUCGUCGUCUUCCAAGUCCUCCUGUCCUUCUUGAUAACGUUUGAACCAUUCGUGAAUACGGCUACGGGAUAGACAAUCAUCGCCAUAAACUUGUUUCAUCAUUUGAUGAGUUUCGGUAAAAGUUUGACCAACUUUAAAAUAAGUCUUGGCUUCUUGUUCGAUGCUUAUUUUCCGAACGACACUACGAAUGUACUGUCUCAUUUAGCGCGAUAUUUCAUCGUCUAUACGUCCAAAUAUCAUAAAAUUAGGUUUAUACGACAACACUGGAGGAUACACAAUUGACGGAUAAAAAUUUCAAAUAUAUUGCGACAAUAGGAGCCGCGCUUUUUCAAAAAUCCUAGAACUUUUGAAUUGUAACUGUACAUUGCUCACACGAAAUGAAACCCGAAGAAAAUAAGGAAACAUUUCACGCGUAGCAGGAACGAAUCUACGGUUGCUGCCCAUGACGAGAUGUGAAACUCGUCGUCGGUGACAUAUAAUUUCUGAGAUAAGUCGGGAGGCAAAGUUCAAGGUCGGGUUUGAGAGCCUACACAGGCCCUUGAAUGACAACAGCCAACGAUGAGUAAACUUUACUGCCUCCCGAAGUGUCAUAUUUCCCCGCAAAAAUAUUCACAAGGCCAUCAGGAGAUCGAUCACGUUCUCAUCGACUAUCUCGAGGUACACAGGUAUUCGUCGCUAACGAAUGCUGGGCAUCUACGUAGCGAACAUAUUGUCGACAAUUACGCGUAUCAGUUGGAGUCAGCACCUCCAACGGAAGAACAGGCGAGGCGAGGCGACACAUGUAGAUUGCUGGAAGAGUUUAAGAUCCGUCAUAAAGAGCACUGCAGCGACCGCAUUAAGGGCGACAUUUAAACUAGAAAAUUACGUGUUUGACACCCACCGGUAAACAACCAAAGAGGUUAAAGUCGGGGUGUAAUAAACGAAACAUAAAACACGAACGUUUGACGACGAACUGGUUGGUCGAUGAGAAGAAUGCAACAAGGGUUAGAUUACUGCAGUACAGCACGAGAGCGAACUAGAAAUGAUACAGACGUAAGCAAUAAAAAAAACCAGGAAGAUCGUGAACGUGAAGAGAUGGAGUAGCUGUAUCGCGUGAAUUACUCUAGAAAGUUUUAUAACAAGAUAAACUAACUGAAGCAUCUGAAUGGCGAAACACGAGAUAUAGAGAACGAUAGAAUUCCAGCAUCUGUUCUAUCGGAGAUAAGCAAGAAGAUAUUGUCGAUACUCAAUAUGGUUUUAUGCCUAAGCUCUCCAAAACCACCAACCUAUUGUCAUUCAUGUCCUACGUGACUGAUGGUAUGCCAAAGGGCUUACGAACAUACGCUAUUUAUGCUGAUCUUUUCUUUGCUUUUGAUAUAAUUAUUCACGAUAUAACAAUUGCUAAAUUGGAAAGAUUUGGAUUCGGUUCUAACAUCCUUCGAUGGUUGCAAUCAUAUCUUAUGGAUCGUCGUUUAGCAUUGAAAAUCGGCGAAUACGUUUCCAAUGAGUUCAAUGAGUAUCGCUUCGUCCGGAAUUUCGCAGGGCUGCCAUUUCUUUCCGAAUACUUUCUGGAAGGAUCCCCGCAACUAACAUUCUAGCAACACAUCAGCUAUAUUGUUUCUUAAGCUUCUCGCAACUUAGGAUUUGUAAUCAGGAUGGCUAAACAUUUUACAGACAGCAGUAUACUGCUUAAAAUCGUUCAACCCUGGUGUAGUGUUCUGUCGUUUGGAAUCGUCACUACCUAAACGAUGCUUAUAGAAUCGAAUCGAUACAACACAGAUUCAUUUGCUUCGCUCUUUGGCGCUUACCGUGGAACAAUUCUCACCAACUACCAAACUUCGAAAGUCGCGGGUUACUAAUUGGUCUCGAUACACUACAAGUUCGACGAGAUGUUGCACCUGCUUUAUUAAUAGCAGAUGUUUUGAAUGAUAAGAUUGACUGUCCUGCUUUGCUCCGCGAAAUUAUUCUUCGUCCGCCCUGUGCUCAACGCCACGGUGCGUUUCUUCCUUUACCACGAACUAACUAUGGUGCUAACUAUGCUAUUAUUAGUUUGCAGAGAUCAUUCAAACGCGUAUUAUUAGAAUUUGACUUCAAUCUUCAAAUUCUAAUGAAUUGAAUUCAAAGCAGUAUACGACACAAACAAUCAAGACCAGCUAUGGUAGAUUUAUUUACAAGAAUUCUGGAUUACCUGACGCGAUGGGUUAAUGCAUUGAUGGAUAGAGUGAUGCGGCGCUCUCGAGUCUCUCUAAGUUCCGGAGAGGGCUACGAUAAGGUUAUGGUCAUGUCUCUUGUUUAAUAUUGCUUUGGAAGGUGUGAUUGGUUGAGCUAGGAUUGACACCAGUGGUACGAUCUUCCGAAAGUACGUACAGCUAUUUGGUUUUAGUGAUGACAUUCAUAUUGUGACACAUAAUUUUGAGAAGGUAAUGGAAACCUACAUCGGACUGGUUAUAACUGCCUCAAAACCAACAUACACAAAAGGAAGUGGCUCUAAAGGAAAAACACUACGCCACUAUGGGCAGUACAGGUCGAUUCCUCUCGCUUACUGAAAUAAUAUUUCCGACGAAUAGCUUUUCGAGAGAGGUAAAAUUAACGUUUUGGAAAAUUGUGCAAUGCAAACAUCACUCGUCCGUAACAUCAAAACAUUGAGAUAGCGACCUAAACAACGUAGAAUAUUCAAGACUGUCGUAAGUGGAUUUGGAUUUUUUAUUGUUUCUAGAAAGCUGUAUUGAAACUUCUUGAUUUUAGACCAUGCCUUCCUAAGAAGCAUGUUGAUUUCGACACGGCAGAACUGAUGCUAUUCCGUUGUAGUGUGUUAUACGAAGACAAUAAUAAAUAACACUGUGUAAAACAAGAAAAAGAAUACAGAUUAGGAAAUAGUAUCUAAAAUCCCCCUUUUCUACGAACGAAAAAAAUACACAUACAAAAAAGACGAUAGCCCGUAGAACAUUGUGUAGGUUUCUUGUCGUUAAGUUCGAUGGUGAUUAGAUUAGAACAAGAGUCAAACUGCGGUUCCGUUAAGGUACCAAAACGACGAAAUGUGCUGAUAACACACGUUCACGAUUGAAUUUCAAUUCCAUUGAAUCAUGCACGCAGAAAGCAAACAAAUUGUAUUCUUACACAAUCACAUAAGUAUCACAAACCUAUGUAAUCGAUGACUACAGAAUGUAUUGUAUAAUAUGACUUAUAAAUUAGAACAAUUUCAAUAAAGUUUUCAAUUGAAGGUUAUGAAUCACUUUCAAAAUCUCGUAUUGACAAACAGAAAACUAGAAAAUGAUACAGACUACACCAGUUCCUCAAUAGAAAAAGCAUUCAAUAGUUCCGUAAAAUGUUUUCUACCAUCUACCGUUCUCCAUCCGUAGAUAUAGUUGAUUUUUAACAUGAAUAACUUCUCAAAUUAUGGCCACUUUUACAGAACACACACAAAAAAAUGCAGAAAAAGACGAUUAGUCUCUAUUUAGAUUUUUUCAACUACUGUAACAAGGGACUACGAGAGAAUUAGGUACUACAAUUUUAGAGAAUAUAGUCAAUUGGAUCAGAACCAUACUUUGUAAUAACAACCAAUAUGCAUAUAAGUUUUGAAACAGUCAUUCGAGAAUAUAACACCGACACAAACAAAAGUCGACAUUUUAUUACGUAAAAUCCCGUGAAUAUAUUGCAGUGAAUAAGAGAUAUGACCGGCAAAACACAUGUACUUUAAUUAAAUCCACAACUGCAGUGAACUCAAAUGUUCAAAGUCACUACCAAAAACCGAACGCAUGUCAAUACAAAGAUAAUUGGAAAAAUUUAUGAA